AUGGACUGUGAACUUGGCAGAGAUACUAAUCCUCUGGACAGCACUGGCAAACUAUCGUUGUCUAUGAGAGAUCAGGAGGGUAAGGAUGUCAGUAAGAUAGAUUCUCCUCGCUCCUACAACAAUAGACGUUUCGGCGGCGACACUUCGUCCCACGGCAAAUCGAAUCCCUUCAACGCUCUUUCGCCUUCCGCUACAAAAACCCCCUCUGCGAGCGCAUCCUCGGCAUUUGGACUAGGUAGCGGUGCGUUCGCUUCAUUUGGCUCAGCAAAAACCCCAAAGACCCCGGGGGCAGGGCCGGGUUUCGAUUUUUCAUCACGUGAGAAAAACGAGAAGAAAGAGAGGGAUCCAGAUACACCCGGCGAGAAUUCAGAAGCAGAGCCGCUCCAGGGUUCCCCAGGGUCUUUCAGGUCAUCCUCGGAGCAUCCGCUACGAAACACCUGGAACCUCUUCUAUCGGCCCCCUGCUAAUAAGUUCUCCGACUACGAAAAAUCGACCCUGAAAUUGGCGUCCAUCAGCUCUGUGGAAAACUUCUGGACAAUAUAUUCUCAUCUGAAGCGGCCAUCCUUGUUACCUAGUGUCUCCGACUACCAUAUUUUCAAGGACGGUAUUCGUCCAGUGUGGGAGGAUGAGGCGAACAAAAAGGGUGGCAAGUGGAUUGUGAGAUUAAAGAAAGGUGUGGCGGACCGCUAUUGGGAGGAUCUGCUAUUGGCCAUCAUCGGUGACCAGUUCCUAGAGGCAGGAGAAGAGGUCUGUGGCGCGGUGCUCAGCGUACGGAGUGGCGAGGACGUUUUGAGUGUCUGGACCAAGAUUGAUGGUGGCCGAAACAUCAAGAUCAGGGAGACCAUCAAGCGAAUACUUGCGUUCCCUCCCGACACGAACAUUGUGUGGAAGAGCCACGACGACAGCAUCGCCCAGCGAUCGGCUCUGGAUGAGGCCAGACAGCAGAAGAUCAGUAGCGCCCCGGGGCAUCCUGGGGCAGAGAGACGACGUCCAACCCUGCAUGAAGACUCAGAAAAGAGCAAAGGGAAAGGGAUAUCAUGA